UCUUCUAUACCCCCCUCACUCACAGGUUACCACAAUUUAUUAUUAUUUAUACAAUUUUAUAAUUAAUUCUUUUUUUCUUUUUCACGAAGCAAUCUCAUCCACCUCUAUAUAUUUAUUCAACUCAUCUUCUUCUCUGGUCAAGUCAACUCAAUCCUUAGACAAAAAAAAAUGACUUCUUUUUCACAGGGUCUUGUUUUCACUACUGCUAUGGUUGUCUCAAGCACCAUGCUUUAUCUUGUUUUCUCGAGACAAAACAAUAACCCAAACCCAUCCUUUCAAAUUCAAGGAAAUCACGUUCUGCGCUCUUGUUUGUAUUCAGAGGAAAAGAAAAGGGAGAGAAAGAUGAAUACGAAGAAGACUACGAAGAAAGUCAGAUUUGAAGAAAGCGUGAAUCAAGAAAGAGAGAAGAAGAGUGAAGUGGUAAGGAAAGAGAAACAGAGGAAGCGAAACAGAGUAUAUGGCAACUGCAGAAGUGAAACGUCGAAAAGUCGUGGAAUUCCGGCGAAUAGAAUCGCUUUGUUCAACGGGAUUUUGAGAGACCGUGUUCAUAGGAUCGAGUGUUGUCACUGAUCAUCGUGAUUCUCGUUGGGUUGAAGGUUGGAACAGAGGAAAUUCUAUGAAGCUGUCGUGUAUUUUUCAUGCUCUGUUUUUCCUCUGUUUUUUUGUUUUGUUUUUGUUUUAGUUUUUAAUGUAAUGUAGUUUUUGUGGUGAGGGAAUUAACACAUAGACAACCGUUGUGUGGUUCUGGAAACAUGUUGAUACAACUCAUUUUGUCCUUGUAA